UGAAAACAUACAUUAAAUGAAACAGACGUCUUUUGCUUUAUAAAGAGACUUUAUUUUAGCAACAUCAAUAUCAUAUUAUCAGUUUAAAUUGUUAAUUUAAAGCAGACAGUGAGAAGAGAAGCAAGUUUAGGGUCGGUGUAGAGCAUUAUUUUCUGCAGUUAUACAUCAUAUACGUAUAUACACAUGAGUAAUAUACACUUAGAGCAAUAUUGUACUAACAUACGAAUUUUACGAACCUAGUACUUACGCUAUUAGUGAAAACGUAGUUUAGUAUAAGUUUGACUGGUGUACGCACGACAAGUUUUCAAAUGAAUCUGAUGGUUUCAGUGGUGCGCGUGCGAUGAGAGUAUCCUUUUCCGAUCCGGUGAUGUUUGAUUGGUGAAAAGUAAAGAAAAGUGUGACAUAACAUUUUCGAUUUUGUGUCGGGAUUUUCCAAUAAAAUUUUAAUCAGUAAACUUUGUCCGGUCCAUCGAUCAAAUGAAAUUGAAAUGUAAAAAAUUUGACUGAUAUACUGUAGCUUUGAUGAAUAAUUUUUUUCUUUUCUUUUGAAUUGUCUUGACUCGACGGUUUGUUUUGUCAAAAUAAAUUUAAAUUUCUAUCGCCAACAAAUGACAAUAAAAGAUUGGAAGUGCAAUUUUGUUAAUUAAAUUUAUGUCAACCGAUUUAUCGAACUUUAGAAAAUAUGGUUGGAUUUGGAGUCAUUGAAGUGUUUCUAUUUUUCUGCGUUGUUUGCUAUUUUUUCAAUAAAAAUCGCACUGACGACAUGGUUGAUGUGAUAUCAGCUCGCGUUCAGGACGCUUUCGGAACAUGGCGUUUGCCGACAAAUGUUCAAAACGGCGGAGAAAAUACCAGACCAGAAGAACGGAUCUCAACAAAUCAAUUGCGUCGUGUUGGAGAUGAACAUCGUCGCAGAAAGGCUUACAUUAAGGAUUUGGAAAAAAAGGCGAUUGAAAAAAACCUUUAUGAAAUAAAAGAAGCUACUGCACCUACUGUAAGUCUACCUGAACAACAAAACCAUGGUCUUGCAUGUCGACAUUGUGCUCCUUCAACUAGUGAAGUUCAACUAGAUCCUGUCGAACGUCGUCGUGAUGUGAAAAACAUCUUAACUAUCACCCAGCAUGCUGGUUGGCGUCCAGAUAGUACAAUCUUUGAUUGGGGCGGUUGGUUUCCAUUCCUUGCACAAUGUAUUCGCUUGAAGAAAUCACCAUAUCCACAAGUGUCUGGUACCGUACUGGGUAGUGAACGUUUACGCAAUGCUAUCGAACAAGCAGCUCAAGAGGCUGUUACCGAGAAGCGACAAACGCUUCAAAAAGAUGAUGAUGACGAGGUCACAUUCGAUGAAAAUUCAUACUACGUUGAGAUGUUGAGAAAGCACGAGAAGCGAGCGAAACGUUUGAUUUGGGACAUGCGCUCCAAAUUAUCGGACGUUAUGUUAAGAAUCACUUCAUGGGUGUUGUACAAACUGUUACCUUGCUUUCUGUCCGGAGUGGUCGCUCAUCCGGCACAAGUUGAAAUGCUGAAGGCCGCUGCAGCUAAAUCACCGAAAGCUCCAUUGAUUUUCUUACCACUUCAUCGCAGUCACCUCGAUUACAUUUUGGUCAGCUUCAUAUUGUUGAACAAUGACAUUCGCAGUCCUAUUGUGGCAGCUGGCGAAAAUUUACGGAUUCCGUUUUUCGGAUCGUUAUUGCGAGGACUCGGUGCAUUCUUCAUCAAAAGAAAAAUCGAUCCGGUUGUUGGAAAGAAAGAUGUGGUCUAUCGUGCCGUUUUGCACACGUACAUGCAAGAAGCUUUGAAAGUUGGCCACAAUGUGGAAUUUUUCAUUGAAGGAGGCCGCACUCGAACUGGAAAGCCGUGUAUGCCAAAGAAUGGUGUUCUUUCUGUCAUCGUCGAUGCGUUUAUGGACGAAACCAUACCAGAUGCUCUGCUCGUUCCAGUCUCUGUGAACUAUGAGCGAUUAGUCGACGGAAAUUUUGUUUACGAACAGCUAGGCCAACGCAAGAAGCCAGAAUCUUUCCGUUCCGCCAUAUCAGCCAUUUGGCACAUCCUACACUCCCGCUAUGGACUGAUGCGAAUCGACUUCAACGAACCAUUUUCUCUACGUGAGCUGGUCAAAUCGUUCAACAGACUGUCACCCGAUCCAUUCAGAAGUUCCGAUUCACUCACGCGCAGACUACAGCACAAUCCAUCGUCUUCAUCAUUGUACGGUACGGAUAUUGUACGCGAGGAGCAACGAUCACUGGUGGAUAAUAUAUCUCGACAUGUCGUGUAUGAUUGUGCCAGUGCAACGGCUGUCAUGACAACAAAUGCGGUUGCCUUUCUGCUGUUAACAAGAUUCCGUGACGGAGCUACGUUGAGCGUACUAGCUGAAGCGUUAGACGAUUUACGUGGCAGAUUGAAUGGUGUCAAAGAUAUCGGUUUCACUGGUGAUUCCAAAGAUAUAUGCCAGUAUGCGGCGGAUCUGCUCGGACCAAACAUGAUAACAGUGGAAAAACGUUCUUCACAACUGUUCUUCAAACCAGUAACCAUGAUUCCUAAUGUUAUUGAACUAUCGUACUACUCCAACAGUCUCGUUCCACAUUUUGCAUUGGAGUCCAUAAUGAUAACAGCUUUAAAUGCACUAGCCAAAGAAUUUGAGAGGAGAUAUCCUUCAAGAGAGUUUUCUGUGGGCAAAGACGAUUUGUUCAAGGCAUGUCUAGAUCACUGUGAUAUUCUACGAUUUGAGUUUAUUCUGAAUAAACCAUGUCAACAAAUCGACAAAUUACUCAACGAAACGCUGGAUCGACUUCGGGACAGAGAUUUAAUUCAGAUUCCACAGGUUAUGUACACAGAAGAACAGAAAUGGUCGCGAAGAUUUGCCAUGGAAUUGGAAAGCGAUGAUUCCGACGAUGACAGACACUAUCAACCCACCAACGAUGAAAUGGUCCACUUAACAUCAAACGGCCACUGCGAACGACUGGUAUUGAUGUCGGUGCUAGCACCGUACGGUCACACGUAUUUGGCUGUCGCAGUGUGCUUGAGAAGUUUAUUGGGCACGUCGAUGGUGGAAAGCGAAUUUAUCAAAAAUUGUGUCAGUGAGAUUACGUCCAAAGUGGAGAACUUGGAAUGUAAAUUCGGCGAAAGUGUGUCCACCGAUUCGAUUCGUAAUUGCAUCAAAGUCUUCGAAAAAUGGUCAGUCAUCGAAAUAUCCAGUUGUACUGGUGUGCGAAUGAUUUCAUUGGGUCCAAUGUUUGAUAAUAAUUCGGGUAUCGAUAAUACGAUCCAACGAAUACAAAAAGUGGUUCCAUUUUAAAGUAUAGAUCAGAUUCAAAGUCUCACCUUCUUUAGACUAUUUUUUUUUUUUGGUACCUACUUGUGUAAGAUUGUAAUAACAGCAACAAAAAAUUGCCUCAGUUUUCCAGAUUGGUUUUUUCGAUAAACUUUUUUUUUUAAACAUUUUUCUGUCUCGAAAUUUUCAUUGAAUUUUUAUUGUUUUAUCUACCUUCGGCAACGGACGUAUGUAAUUACACUGGAUAAAUAUCAGGAGGAUUCACCAGUUAGAUUAAUUUUGAUUAGAGUGAGAAUAUCAAUUAACGGGAUUAAAUGAAACCAAAUGAAAGAAAAAAUAAUGAAAUUAAAUGAAAUCCAACGUACAAUUUAAAAUCUAAAUAAUAAAAA